CAAAAUCCAAGAGAGAGAGAAUGAAAAUGGUGGUGUUAGUCUAUGAACAGUCACCCUGACCUGAGUAAAAUUUCCAUUUCCAGAACCUCAAAUCAAACUCUUCUAUUCCUUUCUCUCAUCAAUCAAUUCAGUUCUCUCCCACUCAGCUCAAGUAACCCUCCCUCAAAAGUCAAAACCGGGUCUUCUGUUUGUCGUCCAAUUUCUCUAAAGAUAGGAAUGGGAAUAUAUCUCAGCAGUCCAAAAACUGAAAAGUUUUCUGAAGAUGGUGAAAAUGACUGUCUUAGAUAUGGUUUAUCGUCCAUGCAAGGGUGGCGUGCAACAAUGGAAGAUGCUCAUGCUGCAUAUACUGAUCUGGAUGAGUCCACUUCAUUUUUUGGUGUCUAUGAUGGUCAUGGAGGUAAGGUGGUUGCAAAGUUUUGUGCCAAGUUUCUUCAUCAACAGGUGCUCAAAAGUGAGACAUACUUAACUGGAGAUAUAGGAACCUCCCUUCAGAAAGCCUUUUUAAGAAUGGAUGAAAUGAUGCGUGGUCAAAAGGGAUGGAGGGAAUUAUCAAUAUUGGGGGAUAAGAUAAACAAGUUUACUGGGAUGAUAGAAGGGUUGAUUUGGUCUCCACGAAGCAGUGAUGGUAAUUGCCAAGUUGAUGAUUGGGGUCUUGAGGAGGGGCCUCAUUCUGAUUUUGCUGGACCAACUUCGGGAAGCACUGCCUGUGUUGCCGUUAUUAGAAACAACCAACUUGUUGUUGCAAAUGCUGGUGAUUCGCGUUGUGUGAUAUCUCGGAAGGGCCAGGCAUACAAUUUGUCUAGAGACCACAAACCUGAUCUUGAGAUUGAGAAGGACAGAAUCUUAAAAGCUGGUGGUUUUAUUCAUGCAGGACGAGUUAAUGGAAGUUUAAAUCUUGCAAGAGCUAUUGGUGACAUGGAAUUUAAACAGAAUAAGUUUCUUCCUGCUGAAAAACAAAUUGUAACUGCCAAUCCAGACAUAAACACUGUUGAGCUUUGUGACGAAGAUGAAUUUGUGGUGUUAGCUUGUGAUGGCAUAUGGGAUUGCAUGUCAAGUCAACAACUGGUAGAUUUUGUUCGUGAACAAUUGCACUUGAAAACGAAACUUUCUGCAGUGUGCGAAAGCGUACUUGACCGGUGUUUGGCACCAUCAACUGCUGGUGGUGAAGGAUGUGACAAUAUGACCAUGAUCGUGGUGCAGUUCAAAAGACCUGCUCAGUCCAGUGCACCAGCAGAAGAGCAAUCCUCUUCUUCAAACGGACAAGCUGAACCUGAAACAAAACUAGAGAGAAGUGAAAGUUAGUAUUAUUCCUCAGUGACAGUUCAAAUAUUGAUCAUAUGUAUGUAGUGUGCAACAGUGAUUAGAAUGCGUCCGCAUGGUCAUUUUCCUUUCAUCCCACAUUAUACACCACUGCUAUAUUCCAAUUACCAUAAAGAAUACCAGUUUUUCUCCCGUUUCUUCUCUCUCGUGUCUACUUUUGACUCUUAAAAAGUCUGUUCUGCAUAUUCAACAUGCGGCUCCAAAUAUCAGUAAUUGUAGUUAUAAUCAACAAUCUGCAAGAAUGCUACUAGCUCAGUAAAGAGUGUUUAUGCUAAAGAGGAACAUAACCUAAAAUGGGUGAUGUCUUCUUGACAUAGACAAAUAUUUGUAGCA